AUGAAACGAGACACCACCAUCGCCGGCCGCUGCCCGAGUCUCACAAACCAACUUGCCUUCAUCCGCACCAACGAAUCAGCAAGUACCAGCCAGACCGUCGACCGCCAAUUGAUCGUCAUGAAGUUCUCUACUCUCGCCGUCACCACAUUUGUCGCUGUCACGGGCGUCGCAUCCGCCAACGACUACCAGCCUGCUCUCAGAGCACUCGCCGUGGCUGAACCUGCUGCUGUUGAUGAGCAUAACGCGCAACUCGCUGUUGCCAAUCCGCCGGCUGACGCUGCCGAAAAGGAACACGCCAACGCCAACGUCGACGCCGAUGACAAGAAGAAGAAAGAAUGGUGGGGCGGCGGAUUCGGAUGGGGAGGCCCGUGGGGUGGCUGCGGUGGCUGGGGUGUCAAACAAGGUUUACAAGCUCGCAGCCAACUAUUCAAACUGCAUUUCAAGCUGCGACCGCCCACCACCACCAGGUCUCACUUUCUGCUGACUGCUCUGCUUGGAACAUCGUUUCGGCAUCUGAGCAUCCAGGAGGGAAUAAUGCAGCUCUUUGUGGAGACCCUGUCGGGCUCCCCGCUCACGCUCAGCGUGGCGGCGGACGCCUCGGUGGCGUCGGUUAAGCAGGCCGUUGAGGACGUGGAGUACAUCCAGAACUUCCGUCUGGUCUGCGCCGGCAAGAAGCUGACGAGCGGCUCGCUCGCUGACUACGCCGUCGGCGAGUGCGACACGCUCAAGAUGCUGCUGUCUGUGAACGGUGGUAUGCGUGCCAAGUGGCGCAAGAAACGUAUGCGCCGCCUUCGCCGCAAGCGCCGAAAAAUGCGCCAGCGCGCCAGAUAA